UUUUCUGUAAAUUAAUAAAUGAAUUAAUUACAACCAUGUCGAGGAAGCCCGUCAAUCAAAAAACUCAAGAAGAGUUGCUGCAGUUACUUGAGCAGCAGGAGCAUCAUGAUGAUGAAACUUCGAUGACCCCGGAUGACCCCAGGUUACAAUAUAUUCAUGACUACCUCCAGAUGGCGAUAAAGAUCAAGUUAGACAAGUGGAAAAAACUGCUGAGUCAAGAUGACAGUAAAAUAAUGAUUCAACAUUUUUUUGAAAGACAUGAAGACAGAUUGUUGGUGUUUGCAUGUCCUUCUGGCGCAAACCUUCAAGUUGCAGACACCUUCAAAGCCGCAACAAAACACAAAGUUGUUUAUUUUGUCAAGAACAAUGAAGGACAAAUUACCUCAAGCAAUAUUCGUUCAUCUGUGACCACUGGCGAAAUAAAUCCAACAACAUUUGAGCAACUGUCACAUUUUGUACAAGAAAUUGCGACUUCUCUUCUCGGGAAUGAAAAAAAUCAUUCAGCAUGGCCUCAAGUCGUAGCAGAAGAUGUGAUAAAGCAUGUCCGAACAUUAAAUACAAAUGUUCAGGUAUGGGGAGGUCACACUAGAGGGCAGACUGUACUUCCUUUACCAGAAGGGGGAGAAAAAAUUGAUGACGAGCGCUCUGAGUCUCGUGCCAGUUCAUCAUCCAGCAGUCGGUCUUCUAUGUCAUCGGAGGAUUUCAACAGGGCAAGCAAGUUCAAUGAUGUCCACAGAGCCCUUGUCCAUGCUAUUGAGUCUACAGUGAUAGAGUGGGCCCACCAGGUUCAAUCUGUUCUAGAACAUGAUUCUUCUCAAGCCUUACUUUCUGGAGCAAAUCCAUGGCCAAGCUAUGAGAUCAAAUUUUGGAAGACUAAAGCUACUAAUCUACAAUAUAUCUAUGAUCAACUCCAAGAUUCCAAGGUGCAGAAGAUGGCUGUUCUACUGCAAAAAUCAGGAAGUUCUUAUUGGCCAACUUUCAAGGAAAUGUAUGACAAAGUUGUAUCAGCAUUGGCAGAGGCAUCAGACAUCAGCCUGCACUUACAACCCUUGAAGAAUUGUGUGGAAAGCAUGGAGCAAGGAGAUUUUUCAGAUUUGUCUCGACAGUUGCCAGUUUUUAUGAGGCUUAUAGAAUUACUUUGGGAACACUCUGAACAUUACAGAAGUGCACCCCGCAUAAUUGUGUUUCUUCAGGAAGUCAAUAACAUGAUUGUUGAUCAGGCUCGAACAUAUCUCGCUCCUGAUGAAAUAUUCAAAACUGAGAUCGAAGAAAUGCAGGAAAGACUGCAGGUCGCAGUAGACAUCUUCAAAAUGUUCCGAGAACUUUUUGUCAAGACAAGACGUAACAUUAGAGAUGACAAUUCUGGGAUCAGUCGUACUACUACUCCUGCAGUAGGAACUCGAGCCAGCACUCCAGCAAGUCGUUUGGCGACACCUAAUGGUACAAAGCUGAUCUGGGACUUUCCAUCAAGCAUGGUGUUUGCUAAAGCUGAUAGAUUUGCAGCGAGAUUGAAGAAAGUUAAGUCUCUGUUUGACACUGCAAUUGAGGUUAUGAAGCUUGAAAAAAUAGAAUUUGGAGGGUCAAGAGGUCAUGGACUGAGCCAACAACUAUCUGUAUUGCAACUGGAAUUUGAAGAUUACUGGAAAGUUUUUAAGGAUGCAACAUAUGACAGUCUGGACCCAACUAAUGAGAUAUUUGAACAAGAUUACAACAACUUUCAUCUCAGAAUAGUAGAACUUGAUCAUCGUCUGGCAACUAUCAUCAACAGUGCUUUCUUGGACUGUUCUGGAAUGGAAGCUAUGUUUAAGCUGUUGACAAUUCUCAGUCCAGUUCUACAAAGACCUGUAAUUCAACAAGAGACAGCUCAUGUGUACAAAAUGCUCCUCUCUACAUUUGAUCAUGAACUGGAUAAAUGCAAAGUUGUCUACGACCAGCGCAUUCGAAAUGAGGAAGGAAACUUAAGUAAGAACAUGCCACCAACAUCAGGUGCUAUCCAACGGGCAAAGCAACUCAAGCGUAGAAUAAUGGGCCCGAAAGAACAAUUCAAGUUUGUUCAUCAUUCAUCGCUUUCCUCAGACGAAGCUCAGAAAGUUUUUGGAAAAUAUGAUGAGAUGAUCAGCUUACUUGACAAGUUUGAAACAAAUCGUUAUGACAGCUGGCAAGACGGAGUUGAAGACGCCUGUAAAAUGAAUCUGGAUCAACCGUUAAUCUCCAGAGAAGGAAGAAAUGUUUCUGUGAAUUUUAGUGACGAGCUUUCGUCAUUGCUUCGCGAAGUCAAAUACCUGACGUACCUUGGCGCAGAUGAAGUUCCACAAAGUGCUGUAGAGUUGUAUGGACAGAAUGAUACUCUUUGGAAAUAUCACGCUGGUUUGGAAAUUACUGCUGCUAUGUACAAUGAGAUACAAGACAAUCUCCUUGAUGUGGAGAGGCCACUGGUUGCAGGACAGCUAAGUGAAAUUGAUCGACAGUUAGAACAGGCAGAGAGUGGGAAACUUACAUGGAAUGGCACAGGCACAUGGGAAUACAUUCAAGAGACUCGGGCACUUGUCCAGGAUUUGGAAGAGAGAGUCCACAAAGCAAAUGACAAUGUGAAACAGAUUGAAAAGAUUAUGGAGAAGUGGGUUGAAACUCCAUUAUUUGUAAGGCGCGAUGACAGGCGAGAUAUUCUGCUUCAACUUGAUGACAGAGAAGAGAGACUUGGAAAAAGAUAUUUUGAUUUGAUGGAAGAUGCCAAGAUGAUACAGAAACUUGUGAAGGAAAACGCAACACAUUUCAAAUCAGACACAGAUUCUGAAGACUGGAAAAAAUAUUUGAAUUAUCUUGAUGCUUCUAUCUUGGAAGGAAUCUUAUCUGCAAUCAAGUUUUCACUCAAAUAUCUUGUGCAGAACACAGAUCAAAAGAUCAAUCCUCCACCUCUCUUUGAAGUCAAGUUGAUUCUAUCUAUUCCUGACGUGAUGUUUGAACCGUCAUUGGAAUUUGAGACAAAAACCGGAUUCUAUGAACUGAUUGACAAUAUCAUAAAUGACAUCUUCAGAGUGUCCUCCUUGAUAUCAAGAGUUGCACCUCACUAUGGUGUGGAAGACUACUUUAAUGAUAUGGGCCAAGCAGUUGAGCUUCUGAACCUGAGAACAGAGAUCAUUGACCGAGUCCAAGUUGUCAUUGAAACUUCAAACGAAUACAGAAACAAUUUGGAAAAAUACGCUUACUUAUGGGUUGACGAUCGGCAAGAAUUCAUGCGCCAAUUUCUCUUAUACAACCAUGUUCUGACAGCUGAAGAAAUAGAACAACAUGCCGAUACUGGAGUUCCAGAAUCCCCUCCAACACUGGAGCAGUUUAAACAACAAAUUGAUUCCUACGAGCAGUUACAUGAAGAAGUAACUAGGAUGCCAGAUCAUAAAAUCUUCUCUUCCUGGUUUCGUGUUGAUGUCAGACCAUUCAAGCAAUCCCUGUUAAAUAUUAUCAAAAGAUGGAGCCUGAUGCUGAAGGAAUAUCUGAUCUCACAUGUUGUUGACAGCCUUCAAGAUUUGGAAGACUUUGUUCAUCGCGCAGAUGCUGGACUGAGAGAAAACAUAGAAGAAGGAGAUUAUGAUGCCUUGGUUAGAGUUAUGGGAAAUCUGCUUGCAGUCAAGGAAAGGCAGGCUUCCACUGACAACAUGUUCGAACCAUUGAAAGAAACUGUUGAACUAUUGUCUUCAUAUGAAGUUGAAAUACCAGAGAAUGCUCAUCAUCAAAUAGAACAACUUCCAGAACAGUGGGAAUCAACUAAGAAAAGGGCUGUGGGAGUGCGACAUGACGUUUCUCCACUUCAAACUGCAGAAGUUGCUGAAAUCAGAAAACGAUGCACAAAGUUCGAUAUCAGCCAACAUGAGUUCAGAGAAAUGUUCAGAAAGACGGCACCAUUCUGGUACAAUUCUGAGCUUCCGUACAAAAAGAUUGAUAUUGUGGAGAGACUGACAACAGAGAAAGAAAAAGAGAUGGCUGCUUUACUUGAAUCUGCAGGAUUGUUUGAAGUGAAUGUUCCAGACUUUAAACAACUGAAAGCAUGCAGAAAAGAAUUGAAAAUAUUGAAGCAUCUCUGGGAUAUGAUCUACCUUGUGAGAUCAAGCAUUGAUGCCUGGACUUUGACAAGCUGGAGAGAAAUUGUUGUUGAAGAAAUUGAUUUCCAACUCAGAAGAUUUUUGAAAGAUGUUAGACUGAUUGAUAAAGAAUGUAGAUCCUGGGAUGCUUUCACUGGUCUCGAUUCGAUGGUUAAAAAUAUGCUGACAUCACUUCGUGCAAUUGUUGAGUUGCGCAAUCCUGCGAUCCGUGAUCGUCAUUGGCAACAAUUGAUGACAACCACUGGGGUACGAUUUAACAUGGACGACAACACAACUCUCGCUGAUUUGUUGGCCUUGCAACUUCAUAAAGUUGAAGAUGAGGUAAAAAAUAUUGUGGAUAAAGCAGUCAAAGAAAUGGGAAUUGAGAAAGUUCUUGAUGAAAUGCAACAGACUUGGGGAGGGGUUCAAGUCAAGUUUGAAACUCAUCAUACUGGGACGCCAUUACUUGCUACGGAUGAAGAAUUGAUCGAAACAUUAGAAGAUAACCAGGUUCAACUUCAAAAUGUCUUGAUAUCGAAAUUUGUUGAAUAUUUUCGUGAUGAGGUUUCAGCCUGGCAGCAUAAAUUAUCUGUAACUGACACUGUGAUACAAGUAUGGCUUGAAGUACAGAGAACAUGGGUUCAUCUGGAGACAAUUUUUAUUGGUGCAGAGGACAUUCGUUCACAAUUACCAGAAGAUACUGAAAGAUUUGUAGAAAUUGAUCGAGAUUUGAAAGAAUUAUUGGUUGAAUCGGAGAAAAUACCAAACAUCAUUGAAUCAGCAAUGAGAGAGGGUUUGCAAGCAAAACUGGAAGACCUGCUGAAAAGAUUGUCUGUGUGCGAAAAGUCUCUGGCUGAAUACCUGGAAAGAAAACGAUUGCUUUUCCCACGCUUUUACUUCAUGUCGGCUGCAGACUUGUUGGAUAUAUUAUCAAAAGGAGCUCAACCUCCAGAGGUUACGCAUCAUCUUCGUAAGUUAUUUGACAACAUCAAUGGCCUUAAAUUUGAAGUUUCCUCUGACGGAGUAGAAAGUGCGAAUGUUGUCGUUGGAAUGUACAGCAAAGAAGGAGAAUAUGCAGAGUUUGCCAAAUCUUCGAAACUUCUUGGACAGGUUGAGACCUGGUUGAACACUCUUCUUAAGACAAUGCAAUCAACUGUAAGAAAAACACUUCAAGAAGCAGUUGUGUCUUAUGAAGAAAAACCUCGAGAUCAGUGGUUGUUUGACUUUCCUGCUCAGAUUGCUUUGACUGGCUCCCAGAUAUGGUGGACAACAGAGGUUGGAAUUGCGUUUGAAAAACUUGAAGAAGGAUUUGAGAAUGCAAUGAAAGAUUACAACAAGAAACAAGUCACUCAACUCAAUGCUUUGAUCAAUCAUUUACUUGGACAACUUUCUCCUUUAGACAGGCAAAAGAUCAUGACUAUGUGUACCAUCGAUGUCCACAAUCGUGAUGUCGUUUCAAGGUUAAUAACAGAAAAGGUUUCCUCAUCGGAAGCAUUUACUUGGCUUUCUCAACUUCGACACAGAUGGGAUGAUUCUGAUGAUCAUUGCUAUGCAAAUAUAUGUAAUGCUCAGUUCCAGUAUCAGUAUGAAUACCUGGGGAACACUCCUAGACUUGUAAUCACUCCUUUGACUGACAGAUGCUACAUAACAUUGACACAAUCUCUUCAUCUGACAAUGAGUGGAGCUCCUGCAGGACCAGCUGGAACUGGGAAAACAGAGACAACAAAAGAUCUUGGCAGAGCACUGGGUGUUCAGGUGUAUGUCUUCAACUGUUCUGAGCAAAUGGACUAUCGAUCAAUCGGUAAUAUUUACAAAGGACUUUCGCAAACUGGAUCGUGGGGAUGUUUCGAUGAAUUCAACAGAAUUGCAAUUGAAGUUUUAUCUGUCGUUGCUGUUCAGGUAAAAAUGAUCCAAGAUUCUCUGAAAGCCAAGAAAACUCAUUUCUUGUUCCUUGGUGAUGAAAUCAAACUUUGUCCGAGUGUUGGGAUCUUCAUCACAAUGAAUCCUGGAUACGCAGGAAGAACUGAGUUGCCAGAAAAUUUGAAGGCUUUAUUCAGACCCUGUGCCAUGGUUGUGCCUGACAUUGCACAAAUCUGUGAAAUCAAUCUUGUUGCUGAAGGUUUCACUGAAGCUAAAAUCUUGGCAAGAAAAUUCAUCACACUGUAUGAUCUUUGCAAAGAACUUUGCUCGAAACAAAACCAUUAUGAUUGGGGUCUCAGAGCAGUGAAGAGUGUGUUGGUUGUUGCUGGAUCAUUACGAAGAGCAGAUAAACAACGACCGGAAGAUCAGGUCCUGAUGAGAGCUUUGAGAGAUUUCAAUCUUCCAAAGAUUGUCACUGAAGAUGUUCCCAUCUUCAUGGGAUUAAUUGGUGAUCUAUUCCCAUCUCUCGAUGUGCCAAGGAAACGUGACCAUGGUUUUGAAAAGAAAAUCAGAAAGUCGAUUCUAUCCUUGAAAUUACAGCCAGAAGAAAGUUUUGUUUUGAAGGUCGUUCAAUUGGAAGAACUUCUCCAAGUUCGUCAUUCUGUAUUUGUUAUUGGUGGAGCUGGAUCUGGAAAAUCCAGCGUAUUGAAGACUUUGCAUGCUACUCACAAGGUCUUGAGUUCGAAUCCUGUCUGGCAUGAUCUGAACCCAAAAGCUUUGACAACUAAUGAGUUGUUUGGGUUUAUCCAUCCAUCUACAAGAGAGUGGAAAGAUGGUCUUUUCUCAUCCAUCAUGCGAGACCAGUCUAAUCUGACUAAUGACUCUCCCAAGUGGAUAGUAUUGGAUGGUGACAUUGAUCCUAUGUGGAUUGAGUCUCUGAAUACCGUCAUGGAUGACAACAAGGUUCUCACCUUGGCAAGCAAUGAGCGUAUACCAUUGACAGACUCAAUGAGAUUGUUGUUUGAAAUUUAUCAUUUACGAUCUGCCACACCUGCUACUGUAUCCAGGGCUGGUAUCUUGUAUGUCAAUCCUCAAGAUCUGGGAUGGAAUCCGCCUGUCUUAAGCUGGAUUGAUACCAGAAAGAUUCAGUCUGAACGAGCAAACUUAACAAUCCUGUUUGACAAAUAUGUCCCUACUUGCCUUGAUGCAAUCAGAACGACUUUCAAAACUGUUACACCAAUUCCAGACAACACUAUGGUUCAGACCCUUUGCUAUCUUCUCGAAUGUCUUGUUACCCCAGAGACAGUACCACCUGAUUCUCAUCGAGAUCAUUAUGAACUCUACUUUGUAUUUGCUGCUGUUUGGGCUUUCGGUGGAGCAUUACUCCAUGAUCAGCUCAUCGACCACAGACUUGAAUUCAGCAGAUGGUGGGUGAAAGAAUUCAAGCAAAUCAAAUUCCCUGCUUCAGGAACUGUGUUUGAUUUCUGUAUUGACCCCAAGACCAGGAAGUUUGUGCAAUGGAAAGAAAGAGUUCCUGUUUUUGAGAUGACCCCUGACCUUCCUUUACAGUCUGUCCUUGUUCCGACUGCUGAGACAACUCGAAUUCGAUCUUUGGUUGAUCUUCUGCUGGCACAUGAAAGACCAGUAAUGUUGGUGGGACCUGCUGGUACAGGCAAAUCAUUACUGGCAACUGGAGCUAUAAAAGGAUUGGAGAAUGAAUGCAAUGUUUCGAGUGUGCCUUUCAAUUAUUAUACAACUGCUGCUAUGUUGCAAGGGAUGCUGGAAAAACCUUUGGAAAAGAAAGCAGGCCAUAACUUUGGUCCUGUUGGUUCAAAACGUCUCGUAUAUUUUCUCGAUGAUUUGAAUAUGCCGAAAGUUGACGAAUAUGGUACUGUCGGUCCCCACACUCUUGUGCGACAACAUCUGGAUUAUGGACAUUGGUACGAUCGUUCGAAACUAUCAUUGAAAAAAAUUCACAACACUCAGUAUAUUGCCUGCAUGAAUCCAACUGCUGGGAGUUUUACUGUUAAUCCAAGGCUGCAGAGACAUUUCUGUGUGUUUGCUGUCAACUUCCCUGGAACAGAAAGUCUAGAGAGAAUCUACUCAGCGAUUAUGAAAUGGCAUAUCACUGGCAGUGGUCACAGCUUCUCACCUGGAGUGGUUCGAGGAUGUAAUGAUGUCAUCGCAGCAGCAAUCCAACUUCACCACCGGGUGUCAUCAGCGUUCCUACCAACUGCAAUCAAAUUUCACUAUAUCUUCAAUCUCCGUGAUCUUUCUAACAUUUUCCAAGGUCUCCUGUUCUCAAGCCCAGACUGUAUCAAAUCGCAGUUUGAUUUCCAACGAUUAUGGCUCCAUGAAUCCAGCAGAGUGUACGGAGACAAGAUGGUGGAGGAAAGAGAUUCAAUUAAUUUUGACAAAAUUCUGGGUGAAAUUUCAAAAAAAAAUUUCGAGGCAAGUGAAGAAUAUCAAGAUAGGCUUCAUAGCCAACCCAACAUAUUCUGUCACUUUGCUGAAGGCACUCAGGAACCAAAAUACAUGCCUGUUAAAAAGUUUGAGAAUCUACAACACACUUUGGCAGAAUCACUUGAAAGCCACAAUGAUGUCUUACCUGCUAUGCCUCUAGUCUUGUUCAAUGAUGCUAUAAAUCAUGUAUGCCGCAUCAACAGGAUCUUGGAAUCUCCACGUGGCAAUGCUUUAUUGGUUGGUGUAGGUGGGAGUGGCAAACAAAGUCUGUCGCGAUUGGCUGCUUAUAUUUCUGGACUAGAAGUUUUCCAAUUAACAUUGAAGAAGGGAUAUGACAUGCAGGACCUCAAAGCCGACUUGGCAAAUCUAUACAUGAGAGCUGGAGCAAAAGGAAUCGGAACAAUGUUCCUAAUGACCGACGCUCAUGUUGCGGAUGAAAGAUUUCUUGUGCUCAUCAAUGAUCAUCUGGCUACAGGUGAGAUCUCCGACCUGUUCACAGAAGAAGAAAUGAACGAAAUCAUAUCGGGCGUUCGUACAGAAGUACGGGCAAGUGGAGAAUUUGAUUCUAGAGAAAAUUGCUGGAAGUUUUUUCUUCACAAAGUCAGAAUGCAAUUGAAGGUUGUGUUGUGCUUUUCACCAGUUGGAUCAACAUUACGAGUUCGUGCUCGUAAAUUCCCUGCCCUCGUUAACUGUUGCUCAAUUGAUUGGUUUCACGAAUGGCCACAUGAGGCACUGGUGAGUGUCAGUCAUCGUUUUGUCGCUGAAAUUGAGGAGAUUGAAGCCCUGGAAGACAGCGAAGAACUUGUUAAAAGCAUCUCACAGUUCAUGGCCCAUGUCCACAAAACUGUAAACCAUGCGAGUCAUUUGUACAGAGCCAACGAAAGAAGGCACAACUACACAACACCAAAAAGCUUCUUAGAACAAAUUGCUCUUUAUCGACAUCUUGUGAAAUCAACUGACCAAGAUCUCACAGCAAAAAUGGACAGAUUGGAAAAUGGAUUGCACAAGUUGUUGAAUACUGCGGAACAGGUUGACGACCUGAAAGCGAAAUUAGCAGUUCAAGAGGUUGAAUUACGAUCAAGAAGUGAAGAAACUGAGAAGUUACUUGCAAAUGUUGGACAACAGACUGAACAUGUCACUGCUGAGAAGGAAGUGGCUGAUGAAGAGGAGAAGAAGGUUGCCGUCAUCGCAGCAGAAGUUGCAGAAAAACAGAAAUCAUGUGAAGAAGAGUUAUCGAAAGCAGAACCUGCAUUGCAAGCCGCAACAAAAGCUCUCAACACUCUGAACAAAACCAAUCUAUCAGAACUGAAGUCAUUUGGCCAACCUGUCCAAGCCAUCACCAAUAUCACCGCUGCUGUGAUGUGUCUCUUUGCUCCUGAUGGAAGAUUACCGAAGGAUCGUAGCUGGAAAGUUUCUAAAUUGUUUAUGGGAAAGGUUGAACAAUUUCUUGACCAAUUGAUCAAUUAUGAUAAAGAGAACAUCCCAGAACCUAGUCUCAAAGCGGUCAGACAAUACAUGGAAGAUCCAGAAUUCAAUGAAGACACUGCUCGCACAAAAUCAGUUGCUGCAGCUGGACUUUGCGCUUGGGUUAUCAACAUUGUGAGAUGGUAUGAUGUAUAUUGUGACGUACAACCAAAAAGAGAUGCAUUAGCAGAGGCGAAUGAAGAGCUGGCAGCAGCUCAGAAGAAACUGGAUGACAUCAGAACUAAAAUUUCUCAAUUGGAUGAAGAUUUGUCACGGUUGACUGCAGAAUUUGAAAAUGCGACAGAAGAAAAACUGAAAUGUGCAAAUGAAGUUGCAACAACUGAAAAGACGAUUGUUCUGGCAAACAGACUUGUAAGCGGCUUACAGAGUGAAAAGGGAAGAUGGUCAAGCUCUGUGAAAUCAUUUGAAAAGAAAAAACAAACCUUGAGUGGAGAUGUUCUACUGACUGCUGCAUUUGUCUCUUAUCAUGGUUACUUCACACAGUCUUACAGAACACAUAUGUUAGAACAAGAAUGGCUUCCGUUCCUCAAGAAACAAAAAUUCCAGAUUCCAAUCACUGAAAAUCUUGACCCUCUUGACCUUUUGAUUGAUGAUGCAACAAUAGCACGUUGGAACAAUGAAAAACUUCCUGCUGAUAGAAUGAGUACCGAGAAUGCUGCUAUUGUCAGUAACUGUCAAAGAUGGCCGCUACUAGUUGAUCCUCAAUUACAAGGAGUGAAAUGGUUGAAAGAACAUCUCGGAUCCGAUUUACUUGUUGUCCAACUUGGACAGAAAGGAUAUUUGGACGUGAUUGAGAAGACAUUACAGGAAGGUGGGAAUAUUUUGAUUGAAAACAUUGGUGAAACAAUUGAUCCUGUCCUUGACUCAUUACUUGGAAGAAACACAAUAAAGAAAGGAAAAUACAUCAGGAUUGGAGAUAAAGAAUGCGAAUUCAACCCAAAAUUCAGACUAUACCUGCACACCAAGUUGGCGAAUCCACAUUACCAGCCUGAACUUCAAGCUCAAACAACUUUGAUUAAUUUUACUGUGACUCGAGAUGGCCUUAGUGAUCAAUUACUUGCUCAGGUUGUGAGAGCAGAACGGCCAGAUUUAGAAGCUCUCAAGGUUGAGUUGACAAAGCAACAAAAUGAUUUCAAAAUUACUUUGAAACAAUUAGAAGACAAUUUAUUGACCAGACUUUCGAAUGCAGGAGGAAAUUUCCUGGGUGAUAUUGAACUUGUGGAAAAUCUAGAAAGAACAAAGAGAACUUCGGAGGAAAUCGAGAUCAAAGUUGUUGAAGCAAAACAGAAUGAGGGUUCCAUCAACGGAGCUAGAGAGUCAUAUCGAGACGUCGCAUCCCGCGCUGCACUGCUGUACUUCAUUAUGAACGAUCUUCAUAAAAUCAAUCCCAUCUACCAGUUCUCACUGAGGGCAUUCAACAACGUUUUCCAUCGCUCGAUUGCAACAGCAGAACAGAAUGAAGAAACUAAGGAAAGAGUUGACAAUCUAAUCGACAGUGUCACUUACAACACGUUCAUGUACACAAGUCGAGGGUUAUUUGAAAAUGACAAACUGACUUUUACAGCUCAGGUUUCAUUCCAAGUUCUUCAAAUGAGGGGACAACUGAAUCCAAGUCAUCUUGAUAUUUUGCUGAAGUUUCCUCCAAAUCAACCAAUGCCAAGUCCACUGGAUUUUAUCUCUAAUCAAACAUGGGGCAUUAUCAAAGCUUUGGCACUGCUCGAUGAAUUCUCUGGAUUGGACAGAGAUAUAGAAGGAUCUCCAAAGCGUUGGAAAAAACUUGUCGACAGUGAAGCCCCAGAGAAAGAAAAACUUCCUCAAGACUGGAAAACGCAACCUCCUGUUAUCAGAAUGUGCAUACUCAGAACUUUAAGACCAGACAGAAUGACCUAUGCAUUGAGAGAUUUCACUGAGCAGAUGUUGGGAUCCAAAUACAUUGAGAAUCGACCAAUUGAGCUCUCAAAAACAUUUGAAGAAAGUUCGAGAGCAGAACCAAUAUUCUUUGUUCUAUCUCCUGGGGUUGAUCCUUUGAAGGAUGUGGAAGCACUUGGAAAGAAACUUGGAUAUCACUCUGACCAUGGCAACUUCCACAACAUUUCUCUUGGGCAAGGUCAAGAAGUUGUUGCAGAACAGGCACUGGAGGUCGCUGCAGAGAAAGGACACUGGGUGGUGUUACAGAAUGUUCAUUUGGUCGCAAAAUGGCUGCCAAGGCUUGAAGAUAUAGUUGAACAAAAUGCUACAAAUGCUCACAAAGAUUAUAGAUUGUUCAUCAGUGCGGAACCGCCAGCAUCAGCAGACGUACAUGUUAUUCCGCAAGGAAUUCUGGAAAACUCUGUCAAAGUUACAAAUGAACCUCCAACUGGUAUGCAUGCUAAUUUACAUGCAGCCCUGGAUAAUUUCAACCAAGAUACAUUGGAAAUGUGCGCAAGGGAAUCAGAAUUCAAAUCUAUUCUCUUCUCUUUGUGUUAUUUUCAUGCUGCUGUGGCUGAAAGAAGAAAGUUUGGACCUCAAGGUUGGAACAGAAGAUAUCCUUUCAAUACAGGAGAUCUGACAAUCUCUGUCAAUGUGUUGUACAACUACCUGGAAGCAAAUGUGAAGGUACCAUGGACAGAUCUGCGAUAUCUAUUUGGAGAGAUUAUGUAUGGUGGACACAUUACAGAUGACUGGGACAGGCGGCUGUGCAGAACUUAUCUUGAAGUUUAUAUGGAACCUAAACAGCUUGAUGGUGAACUCAUGUAUGCACCAGGAUUCUUUUCCCCACCGAACCUCGACUACAAAGGAUACCAUGCAUACAUUGAUGAAUUACUUCCUCCUGAAAGUCCGACAUUGUACGGCCUUCACCCAAAUGCUGAGGUUGGAAUCUUAACAGUGACCUCGGAUGAACUAUUCCGAACUGUUCUUGAAAUGCAGCCCAGAGAAGGCAGUGGAGGAUCAGAAGGAAUCACCUCAAUUGAUGAAAAUGUUAAAACCACUCUGGAUGAAAUACUGGAAAGACUUCCUGAUCUUUUCCCAAUGGCUGAAAUCAUGGCAAAGACGACAGAACGAAGCCCUUACAUUGUUGUCUGUCUUCAAGAAUGCGAAAGAAUGAACAUACUUUUGAGCGAGAUCAGGCGUUCAUUAAAAGAACUUGAUCUUGGAUUGAAAGGGGAACUUACGUUUUCAUCAGGAAUGGAAGCCGUGCAAGAUGCUUUGUAUUAUGAUGCAUUACCACAGUCUUGGACUAAAGUAUCUUAUCCUUCAACAUAUUCACUGUCACAGUGGUUUGCUGACUUACUGCUCAGAUGUCGCGAAUUGGAAACCUGGACCCAAGACCUGACUUUACCAGCAACAGUAUGGCUUGGAGGACUUUUCAAUCCACAAUCUUUCUUAACAGCAAUCAUGCAGAGUAUGGCAAGGAAGAAUGAAUGGCCUCUUGACAAGAUGGCAAUAUCAGUUGAUGUCACGAAAAAGCAGAAGGAAGAUUUUGGCCACCCACCAAGGGAAGGAGCAUACUUGCAUGGAUUGUUUUUGGAAGGAGCAAGAUGGGACAUGCAAUCAGGAAUGCUCGUUGAUGCAAAAUUGAAAGAACUGACUCCUACAGUUCCAGUUGUGUUUGCGAAAGCAAUUCCAUUGGAUCGCCAGGACACCCGACACUCGUAUGAAUGCCCAGUUUACAGAACGAGAGAGAGAGGACCAACCUUUGUUUGGACCUUCAACCUGAAAACGAAAGAGCCUGCGUCGAAGUGGAUUUUGGCUGGUGUAGCUCUGCUGCUGAACGUUUAGAAUUGAAUAAGGACUGUAAUUUGUAGGUUAUAUUGAUUUUGUCAAAUUGUUGGAUUUUGACUAUUUAAUAAAUGUGAUGCAUGAGGGUCUUUGUGGCUGAAUGUCCGAACGUACCCCCCUCUCAAUAAUUCUAUAUGUGGACGGACAGAUGAAAUAAUUUUUAUUAGAGAAGUGACAGAUUUUUGCACCCACUGUAAACUAUUCGGAACCACUGUUUUAAACAUCAUCCUGUAGUUCAGUGUUUCCCAAAUUUUUCUAUGUCGGACCCCCAUUCUAUGUUGUAUCAAUUUAUGUGCCUAACAAACUAGAAAGUAUGUUGUUUCCUUUGAUGAAAUAAAACUUACGAUUCUUAAUUGAUACAUACUAACGUUAAAUACUGGCAGGCUGGCGCAAUUUAAUAAGAUUAAGCUCUAUUUGUGUAUAUUUGAGAUUCUUUUCAUAUCGUUACGGACCCCUACGGGUCAGCGAACAUCAGUUUGGGAAACCCUGCUUCAGUCGAUGUGGUUAAUAUUGUUUCAUAUUCAAAGGCGUCAACUUCCUUCCGAAAUG